AUUUCAGGCUAUUCCGAUCAAUCUGUUCUCCAAACUCCAAACGUUUUGUUAACGAUGAAAAAACAUAAUAUUGAAGAGAACAUACUAAUUAAUUAACAAACUUUCCAACUUCUAUUUUUUCACUAUUUCUCUUUUGUACUUGAAUAUUUCCCCAAAAUUCGGUUUUUCAAAUUUCGUAAAAUUUCGAGAGUGUUUUCGCUUGCCAGACUUUGACAUAUUCAAGUUGGCAGUAUCUAUAUUAUCAACAUCCAACUUGUUAUAUUCGUGUUGUCGGUUUAGGUUAUUGAUUUCGCGACAUAAUAGAAAACGAGUGAUCACAUUGCGUGGGUGUAGAAAUUUUUACCAUUAUAAAUAUGCAGACGAAUUAAAGCUGGAUUAUAUCAAUCGGCCAAUUGUUUUCGGAGGAAAUCAAACUAUAAGGCCAAAAAAAUUUGUGAUCCAGUUUGAAUCAAAGGUGAAAAAUGGCUGAUACUGAUCCACAUCUUAGAAGACUAUUAUUACCUGCGGAGGAAACUGUAUUUGAGCAAUUACUCAGAUUUGGUCUGUAUAUCGGAGCAGCAUUUCAAGUUAUAUGUUUGCUGGCUAUUGUCACUUAUCAAUCUGGACCUUCGGACGGUGUUGCAAUGCUAAAAGAUGAUCCAAGCGACGUAGAAUGUUCUGAAAACAGUCCUCAAGUCACACCUCGGAGGCCUCAUCGACCAAGAAAACAAGAGAAGAAAAAAAGACGUUGAACACUCAUGAAGACAAAAAACACUUCGUACAUUCCUUCAAAAAUGCAUAUUAUUUAUUCACACGUACAUUUUAGUUCUAAGUUUUUAUAUUGAUUUUUUAUUAAAUUUGAAAUUUGUUUUUAAAAUAAUAUAAACGAACUUUUGUUUUUUUCCCCGUUAUCGGUCCGCGAAAAAUCAAAAAUUUGAAUAUUAUGCGAUGCUAGCGACGUCAUCGAACAUUUUCGAAAUUCAAUCUUAACAUUCCGUAUUCCGUCAUUUCCCUCGUGUUGUCGGCCCUGCCGAGUUGGUGUGCAGGUCCUCUAUAUUUCACGUUUGUCAACAAUAUCGUGACGAAUAAAAAUACAAAAAUGGGAGGGUGUACGAGAAUAAUAAAACCGGUGGCAUUUUAGAUGCAACAAUUUUUAGGAUAUAUACAUUAUUUAUACAUUUCAAGAGAUUGGUGAAAUAAAAACUUUGAAAUUU